UUGGGAAGCACCUUGGAAGAACAUGGCGGAUAGUGAUGAUGAAAUGCCACCCUUGGAGUAUGUUGGCACUGGGGUCACUGGGGGUAACCCAGUGACAGCCUCGAUUGAACCUGACGAUGACAUGCCUCCUUUGGAAUACGUUGGCACGGAUGCAUCUCUUGGCAUCAGUUUGAGGGAAGGUGACAGGGUCAUCUUGAAGGGGCUGUCGAAAGCAGCCUUGAAUGGCCAGACUGGAACGCUUCAAAGCUUUCAGAAAGCAUCAAAAGGGCGUUUGCCAGUGAAACUAGACAGCUCCGGGUCAAUGUUAGCUGUCAAGCCAGAGAAUAUCCAAAAGCUGCCAAGAGAAACUGUCACUACAAAGGCCACCAAGAUGAAUCCAGAUUUUGGCGUGGCAACUGCCAAAGCGACCCAUGCGGAUAGGAAUGCGACUUAUUCAGCACCUGAUGAAGAUGAUGAGCUGCCUCCUUUGGAGUAUGUUGGUACAUGUGACAUAUCGAGCAGACCAAACGGAGUAUCAAAUGAUGCGAAGGUUGAGGAUGACGAAAUGCCCAGCCUAGAGUAUUUUGGAUCAAAGCCUCCCAGAAUUGGCGGCGCAGAGGGGUGCACAGAUGAGAAGACAAAGGAGGAGAUGCCGGAAAACAGUACAAACAGUAGCAAUAGCACUUUCCGAGACGGUGACCAAGUUCUGAUAAAGGGCACCUUGACAGAGCUGGAUGGCCAGCAAGGGGUCAUCGAGAGCAUUAGGGAUGGCAGUUUUCAAGUAAAACUGGAAAGAAACCACAAGAACGUGGCAAAACUUGCGCAUGGCAAGCUGCUCCAGAACUUGGCAGAGGCAAACCUGCACAAAAUAUGGCUACGUGGCAGUGGUGCUGGAGCGAUGCCACCUUUGCAGUUCGUUGGCCAGGCAAAUGGAUCUGUGCACAAUAGCUCCGUGCCAAAUGGUCACGACGCCAAGGAGCCUGAGAGGAAGUCCGGGCAUUGUGAAGGCAACAUGAAGGAGAUUCAGGAGAUCUUGCAACGCAUGAGGUCAGCUCUCCAUGCCUCAAGUUUACCUGAAGUAGAUGUGGCACUUGGCCUCGACAAACCAGGCUUGCAUUGGGGUGGAUGGGAAGCAGAGAAGAGCCAGAUUGUCAAGCAACUGGCUGCCCAGAGGAAGCAGAUUUUGGAAAAGGUGGAAGUUGAGCCAAGAGUUGCCAUGACUUCGGCACCAAAAGGAGUGGACAAGUCCAUCAUUCAGAAAUGGUGCGAGGAGCUGCAGCUGCCGCCAGAGCUUUUAUCGCGGUUGAAUGAUGAGGAUGUGACAGAUCCGCAGGAGCUGACAGAAGUUGGCGAGCAAGAGUUGGCAGCUUUGACAAUGGGAUUGAAGAUUGGGCCAAAAGGCCGCUUCAUGAAGGCAGUGAAGAGGAUGAAAACUCUCGAAGCCGCAGAGCUAGGCUCUACGGCGUCAAUUUCUUGAGCAGCCCCGAGUUGCAAAACGAUGCCGCGUUUGCUCUUGAAGUGCUCAUUUGCUCAUGUUGUCGUGGUCCGUUGUGGGAACGGAUUUUUCCACCGCGCAGGAAAUGCUCAAUCAU